AUGCUCCUGUGCUUUCUGUUCUCUGAUCAGCUAAGCAGUGAGGGUGACCCACCACCUUUAGCUAUUUCAGAAUGUGUAGGAGCUGGGGUGAUGGCUCUGCAGAACUCUCAAACUUCACCAUUGUUGCAAUACACUUGUAUUGAACAAGACAGCCUGGGUCAACAAUUUGCUGAUGCUUUAGAGGUGUUGCAACAUUCAGUUGGAGGACUUCAGUACUUCCCAGAAAAUACAAAUCACAUGGCUCACUAUUACCCUCACAGCAUAAGCAAUUCCAGCUAUUAUGGAAUUCUACACUCAGAAGAACCCACCUAUACCUGGAGAAGUAAUGGUUCUGCGGACUUGUAUUUGGAAGAAAGUCUCCAGGAACCUCUGCAAAGCAUAAAUGCAAACCAGCUGGGACAAGUAUCCCUCAUCCAGCCAAAAGGAGGAAAAGGCAGGAGGAAGCUUCGGCUGUUUGAAUACCUUUUCCAAUCUCUGUGCGAUUCAGAUAUGUCAUCUUGUAUUCAAUGGGUAGACAAAACCAAAGGUGUCUUUCAGUUUAUAUCAAAAAACAAAGAAAGGCUUGCUGAGCUAUGGGGGAAAAGAAAAGGCAACCGAAAACCUAUGACUUACCAGAAGAUGGCCAGAGCCCUGAGGAACUAUGCCAGGACUGGGGAGAUCACGAAAAUCCGCAGGAAGCUGACCUACCAGUUCAGUGAAGCUGUUCUCCAGAGCCUGUCUCCAUCUCCAUCUCACUUCCAGGCGAAAGACCUGUUCUACUGCCAGUAUGACCAACCUAAUCAGGAAUGUCUUAGCAUGAACCACUGGAAUACAAACUACUAUGCUUAUGCUGGUUACCAAGAGCUAAGCCACUACACAUUUUAAUUGUAUUCUACCAUUCCUUGUCUUGCUAGCAUCAGAAAAAUCCCCAGUUCCAGAACUUCUAAGGCAAACAGCUGCUCUCCAUAGGCAUACAUACACGAUACACAAACAUCU